GGAGAAGCCGGGGUUGCUGUCGAACGUUGUCACCUAUCAUCAACCUACUACCGUCACGAGCAGUUAUGCCGGAGGAGAAGCUCUUGUGUCGGAGGGAAAGGUAUCCGCUGCAGUGCCGUUGCAAAGGUGCCAUCACUGUGUCUCUGCCACUGCCAGAGUCACCGGAGAAGAAGCUUCAGCCUUUGGUUCGCCUGCUGGUAUCGUUCCAACGAAGAAGAUGACGUAUUGGCGGCUGAUCUUGAACAACUACGUGAGGAUGAUGUUGUCGAGUGAUGAUUGCUUGCACGGCCGAGAGCGAGUUAGAAGUCGCCUUAGUUAUACUAGUCAUGAAAUAAACAUUUACUUUUCAAACACUUUACUUUUAUUAAAUUAGUUGUUAUGUUUUUAGUUGCCUGUGCAUCCGGUUGAGAGAUGACCGGAUGUGGCGGUAACACCCAUUUCCUAUUUUAGACUUCCGC